UAUGUCCUGUCUGUCCUGAAAUUUACCUACCCUACCCUUUUUCAAGGGUGGCAGACAUUAGUGGGUGGACUUCUGCUUCAUGUCUCCUGGAAGCUGGGCUGGGUGGAGAUAAACUUGUGUUCAAGGUCUGAAAUCCUGGCCUGGCUUCCUGCCUCAGUACUGUUUGUUGGCAUUAUUUAUGCUGGCUCCAGGGCACUGUCAAGAUUGCCAAUCCCCGUGUUCCUCACGGUGCACAGCGCAGCCGAAGUGAUAACGUGUGGCUUUGAGAGACUGGUGCAGAAAGAGCAGACCUCUCCUCUGAAAAUCUGUAGCGUGCUGUUCCUGCUGGUAGCAGCAGUGUGCCUUCCUUUAUGUGACACACAGUUUGAUCCCAACGGUUAUUUAUGGGCUCUAAUUCACUUGAUCUGUGUGGGGGCUUACAAAGUGUUCCACAAGUUAAGGAAACCCAGCUCCCUAAGUGAUCUGGACCAACAGUACAUCAACUAUGUGUUCAGUGUGGUGCUGUUGGCCUCUGCAUCCCAUCCAGCAGGUGAUCUCUUCAGUGCCUUGGACUUCCCAUUCCUCUACUUCUACAGGUUUCAUAGCAGCUGCUGUGCCAGUGGACUCUUGGGAUUCUUUCUGAUGUUGCACACAGUGAAGCUAAAAAGCAGCACAACCUCAGGGCAAUAUGCAGCCUGGAGUUUCCUUGCAAAG